GUUUGAUUCAUUUCUAAAAGAGAUUAAAAUAAUGAAAUUAAAGAUGGAAAGCUAGCGACUCGAUAGUACUUGAGUACAAUCAUAACAUGGCUUCAAGACCUUCCCCUUCUUCCUCAUCAGAUGUUGAAGAGGUUGAUGAUGUAGAAGAAGGAAUACAUGUUGGACCUGUAUUCAAGAAGAGAAGAUUAUCCGAGGAACAUCUUCCUCUUCCUCCUACCCGUACCAGAUCAGUAGAAUCCGACAGUACAGAUCGUUGCUCUGGUAGCAGUAGUAGCAGCGGGAGUAGAACUGUGUUUGUCUGUACAAGUCGAGGAGCAGCUAGACCAGCACCAGCUUCUAUACCUAAGAGUACAGGAUGUACUGGGAAACUACCAUGUACGUGUUCAACUAGAUGCAGGGGAGGUAGUGCAGAGAAGGAUUCAAAGAUGACUAGACCCAGUGGGAGAACAAACACAGGCAAAGGGUGUUCCAGUGGACGGAGUAUAAAGGAACAGUGGAUGGUGCACGGAGGGGAAAGGGGGCGUGUCCAGGAGGAUCCCCAGCGCUGGAGAGAGGGUGGGCGGGGAGGAGAAGAUCCGCCCAGGUGGAGGGAUGAACCAGGAAGAUGGAGGGAUCGUGGGAGGGGAGUAGAGGAACAGAUUAGUUCGUCUCAGGGUGGUGAACCAGCUGAGCUGGCCAGUCUACAGGCUAGACUCAGACAGAGAGAAGAAGAACUAUAUUCACAGAGAGAAGAGAAGGAAAGGUUUCUCCGUGAGCUGCAGGAUAGUGUUGAAUGCCCCGUAUGUUUCUCUAUACCCCGUACUCCACCUGUACCGUGCUGCCAGAACGGUCACGUGAUCUGCACAAGGUGCAAGGAGAAGGUGGAGGUGUGUCCAACCUGUAGGAUACCCAUGUCAAACUGUGUUUCACAGGUGGCAGCAACUAUAAUUCAGAGAAUUCAACAUCCAUGUGAUUUCCGUGAAGCAGGUUGCGAUACGAGAUGUGAUAUCAGUUCAAUAGAUGAGCAUGAAGAGAGUUGUGGUUUCCGUUUAGUUCGUUGCCCACAUUGGGCCUGUGAUGAACUUGUCUCAUUAACAAGUUUGACAAGUCACGUGAUUAGUUCCGAGUGUGGAGAUAACUAUAUGUCUAAACCUCUACCCUACCAGGAAGAGAUAGAGUAUACACGAGCUCUUGAUGAUCAGGACGGUAGUUCUUUCUGGAGACCGUCACUACUACAGUUUAAUAAUAUUACAUUCUACCUUCAGAUAGAGAAAAGUGGUAAGAGUAGACAAUGGUAUUUCUAUGUACAGAUGGAAGGUUCAACUUCAGAGUGUGAUAAAUUUGAAACCCAGAUAACAGUUUGUAAAUCCUCUAGUUCCGACAGGUUCUCUAUAUCAUAUUAUGGGAAAGUCUGUCCUAUAGAUACUAAAG